CCAGGACUUGACCUGAUGGGAACUGUGUUUUCUGUGGCCUUUGGCGACUUGCUAUUCACCUUCUCAGGUUCUUGCUGGAGUUCUUGGCCUCGGGGACUUGUCUUCCGAUGCCUCCGCUUCCCCCAGUCCUCUGCUCUCCUGGGACAGUUCUUCCUGCCAGUGUCAGUUACAGGCUGUCAGCCCACCUCCCCCACAGACGCCUGCUCCGUGCCUGUGUCCGAGAUCAUCACCGUCGAGGAAACAGACAGUCACGGGAAGCAGUACGGCAGUGGGAAAUGGCAGAAAAUGGAAAAGCCUUUCGCGUUCACAGUGCACCGCGUGAGGAGAGCCCGGCGCCACCGCUGGCGGUGUGCACAGGUGACUUUCUGCUGUGCCGACGAGCAGCUGUGCCACCUGUGGCUGCAGACCCUUCGGGAGCAGCUGGACAAGCUGACGUCUAGACCGAAGCAUUUGCUGGUGUUCAUCAACCCGUUUGGAGGGAAAGGACGAGGCGAGAGGAUCUACGCGAGGAAGGUGGCGCCGCUGUUCACGUUGGCCUCCAUCACCACCGAGAUCAUCGUUACCGAACGUGCUAAUCACGCCAAGGAGAGUCUGUACGAGAUGAACAUAGACACGUACGAUGGCGUCGUCUGCGUCGGCGGGGACGGCAUGUUCAGCGAGGUCCUGCACGGCCUGGUCGGCAGGACGCAGAGGAGCGCUGGGGUGGACCAGAACCAGCCGCGGGCGGCGCUGGUGCCCAGCUCGCUACGCAUCGGCGUCAUCCCCGCAGGGUCGACGGACUGCGUGUGUUACUCCACGGUCGGCACGGACGACGCAGAGACGUCGGCUCUGCACAUCAUCGUGGGGGACUCGCUGGCCAUGGACGUGUCCUCCGUGCAUCACGGUGGCACGCUGCUGCGGUACUGGGUGUCCUUGCUGGGGUACGGCUUCUACGGGGACAUCAUCAGGGACAGUGAGAAGAAGCGGUGGAUGGGUCUCAUCAGAUACGACUUCUCAGGCUUGAAGACCUUUCUGUCCCAUCACUGCUACGAAGGGACGGUGUCCUUCCUCCCAGCACAGCACACGGUGGGGUCUCCGAGGGACAGGAAGCCCUGCCGAGCAGGAUGCUUCGUCUGCAGGCAGAGCAGGCAGCAGCUGGAGGAGGAGCAGAAGAAGUCGCUGUACGGCUUGGAGAACUCAGAGGAGAUGGAGGAGUGGAAGGUCGUCUGCGGGAAGUUCCUGGCCAUCAACGCCAUGAACAUGACCUGCGCUUGUUCCCGGAGCCCCGGGGGCCUCUCCCCGGCCGCCCACUUGGGAGACGGGUCCUUGGACCUCAUCCUCAUCCGGAAGUGCUCCCGGUUCAACUUUCUGAGGUUCCUCAUCAGGCACACCAACCAGCACGACCAGUUCGACUUCACUUUCGUCGAAGUUUAUCGCAUCAAGAAAUUCCAGUUUAUGCCGAAGCACCUGGAGGACGACGACGGGGAGCUCGGCAAGAGGGGGAAGCGGUUCGGGGAGAUCUGCAGUCAGCACCCCUCCUGCUGCUGCCCUGUCUCCAGGAGCUCCUGGAACUGCGAUGGGGAGAUUCUGCACAGUUCUGCCAUCGAGGUCAGGGUCCACUGCCAGCUGGUCCGGCUCUUCGCACGAGGCAUCGAGGGAGCGGAGCAGCCGCGGAGCUGAGAGGCGGCCGGGGUGCCGCCCCCCCCGUGCUCCGGAAGCGUGAAGAUGCUGCGGACCACUGACGUGGAUGCUUCCCUUUUGGUUUAGAAAUUUAUUUUUGAUAGUUAAAUCUUGAUUUUAGAAAAAAUACCUUUUGUCAACCAUUUUGUGGACGCAGGUGGCAUCUGCAGUUCUCUGUGACUCCCGGGGUUGCGUUUCACACGACCCGUUUAUUCUCAGCAGACGGCAGCCGUUGACGCGGGGGCGCGGGCGUCUUAGAUUUCGACAGCGCGGACGCGAACGUGGCUGCUCCGCCGUGGCCGGGGGCAGCACGUCAGCGCCCGCCGUCCAGGUCACAGCCCCCGCCGUCGAGGUCACAGCCCCGGCCCUGGUGUCUGCCCGUCACUCUGCUCCGCUUCGCGAGACUCCCUCUGUAGCUGUUUGUGGUCAGGUCGUGGGAAGUGGCGGAUUCGCUCGUCCCUCAUCUUCCCCUCGUCUGAGCUCUGACUAGGGCGCUGUCCGGAGCCGUCCUGCUGUGUGACGACGACGCAGCACGGCCCGGCUUCAGGGAGCGCGGCGGAGCGGGCCGCGUUGCGGGUCACAACGGUUACUCCAGUCCCAGCUCUGCUCGUGUCACAGCCGGCUUCUGAGACGGCCCAGCUUCAGCUCGGGCAUGGGACGUGUGUAAAGCACUGGCGCGUGUUUUACUGUUUUAAAGUUAAAAAUGGUGCUCGGCAGCCCCACUAAGUAGGUGACACAGCCGGGCUUUCUGAGGGCACAGAAAGCCACGCGUGCGAGAGGUUAAGCAAUGGCGCGUUCUUGAACGUCAAAGCCUGAUUCUGGGGUUCCACGUUCCCGGGCUCGCUGUGGUGCAGCCCUGGAGUCCGCAGACCCGGUCCAGAUCUGUUCUCUCAUCUCUACAUUUGUUUGUCUGUAUUUAUUGGAAGUUUUGUUCUUCUAAACCAGCACAGCAACUGGGUGUCUUCGCUGUUAGUGUUUUAGUUUGCUGCCCGCUGCAGGGCUGGCCGCAGCAGCUGGCCACCCUCAGGGCCCCCCCGGCCCCCGCGUCCUGUCUGCACCGUGGCCUCGUGGCUUGUAUUCAGCUCAGGUGGAGGGAAGGUGUGUCUAAAACAGCUUUACCCGCAGUACAGGAAGAUGCAGCUUAAGCUUUCGCUGAGGAGAGGGAACACUUGCCUGUGAAGGGGGCAGUUCUGUCGGCUGUCAGUCAGGACUGGAUCUCACCUUACAUAGGCUCAGUCGGUCAUUUUAGCAUGUGACAGACAUCGCUCGUACCGACUCAUUUUGAAGGACAUGUGACAUUGUUUCGUCAUUCAGUCGGACAGAAGGGCAGCGUUAGCUGGUUUUGAGUGGACCAUGUACGUUAUAAAGGUGUCUCUGUAAGUUUAAUGGUGUAACAAGUCUGCGUUUAAAUAAGUAAACACAGUGGCCGCUUCUGUUCUUGAUGCUCCGGGCUAGAAGGAGGCCGAGAUGCAGGACUGGCGGUGGCCACACCCACGGGCACGGCGCCCCUGAGAGGCGCUCCCCAGGGUCCCCCUAGGGGGACCCCGCCUCCGGGGCUGUGCUGUGCCCCAGGGACGCCCCAAAGAGUCUUCCACCCUUCCUGCCCCUGUCCCCAGCACGCCGGCCUGCCCUGAAACCACUGCUAGUUGUAGAACAGUCCAGCCCGGAGACGGAGCCUUUCCUGUUCGACAGGACACCCAGCCACACCACGUGCUCCCUGCACGGCUGUGGCGGUGUUAACCGACCGCGCCGGCACUGAAAACGGCGAGUCGUGGAAGCCUGGGGCCGUGCGACUGUGUGACCACCCCGAAGCCCCCGGGGGCCGGCAGCACGGGAGGGCCACACGCAGGCACCAGGCGGGCCAGCGCGACACCUGCAUGUCGGACGUGGCUGGAGAGUGGAAGCCCGCUGAGAAGGGACCGCCGGGCCGCGUCAGCGUCCUUUGCGGCUCAGUGGUGCAGACACCUGUUUGGCUCCGGCCGCUUGCGGUCCGCGGUGAGGGCGGCUGGCGUCUUCCUGGGCUCUGCCCCUCGCUCGUCCGGGGGACCUGGGGAGUGUGUGGGCUGCAAGGGGAGCUUCGUUUCUUUUCUAGUCUUGCUGGUUUCAAGAUUAGCAAGUGGCCUAUUCUGAUGUGUUUGAGAAAACAAAAAUAAAGUUACUUUGGGCAGAA